AUGUCACUAUCUACGGAGCCUGGAACGCACGUUGUGCGGAAGGUAACCAAGUUCGUAUUGGACGUUUGUUUUGCCUUUGUUUAGUAAAAACACAAUUAAAUUCGAAGAUAAAAAAAUUGGAGUGGUGACUCAUAGUAGUCGUAAUAGUGGUGUGAGAGUAAAUCUAAUUCUUUUGUUUAUUAUAUUGUAAAUAGAGCUUUAAACAGAGUGAAUUUUGUUAUGAACAUCUAAUCUAUCACGGAAUGGUGUUGUUUUGAAUCAUCAUGACAUCACACAUAGAGGAGAGCCCUAUUAUAAAUUCGGACAUCGAACACGAUGUCACUAGCAGUCGUCGCAAUCUCGUUGAAGAUGAGUUUGUGGAGGAGACAACAGGAUGGAUCAAAUGUCGUACUGUGCUUGGUAUCAUGGGCUUCCUUGGCUUUGCAGUGGUGUACGCCAUGAGAGUGAACUUGUCUGUGGCGAUAGUAGCUAUGGUUAACUCAACAACACCACAGACAAACUCCUCACUAGAUGUGUGCCCUGCUCCCAUACCAACUAAUACAUCUACACCAACAAGGCCUGGUGAUUUUAACUGGUCAGUACAACAGCAGGGUAUAGUGCUGGGUUCAUUUUUCUAUGGAUAUGUAUUAACACAGGUUCCUGGUGGUAGAAUAGCAGAAUUAUGUGGUGGGAAAUUAGUUUAUGGUCUAGGCAUCUUCUUCACAGCUGUGUUCACAAUACUCAGCCCGAUAGCAGCUUAUACUGACUUUUCCUUCUUCAUUGCGGUCAGGCUGGCAGGACUAUCAGAAGGCGUCACGUAUCCCGCCAUGCAUGCCAUGCUAGCAAAAUGGAUCCCACCAUUAGAGAGAUCGAAGUUUGCUGCUUAUGUCUAUGCUGGAUCAAAUAUUGGUACAGUAAUAACUCUACCAAUAUCAGGGUGGUUAUGCACAUUGGAAUUUGCUGGAGGGUGGCCGCUAUGUUUCUACAUAUUUGGAGGACUCGGAAUAGUUUGGUUUAUCGGAUGGCUCUUCUUUGUCUAUGACUCGCCGCAGAAACAUCCAAGGAUAUGUCCUAAAGAAAUUGAAUAUAUUACAAGAAGUAUUGGCCCUGCUCAGGAAGACAAGCCAGCGAUGUCGAUACCUUGGUGCAAGUUCCUAACAUGCGUGCCGCUGUGGGCCAUCCUCAUAGCGCAGUGCGGGCAGGCGUGGGUGUUCUACACACAGUUCACGGAGCUGCCUUCCUACAUGAACAAUAUAUUGCAUUUUGACAUUGUCUCCAAUGCAAGAUUGAGCGCUCUUCCAUACUUGACAGCGUGGAUCGGCGGAAUACUGUUGUGUAUAUUCGCGGACUGGCUCCUCGCGAAAGGAUGGAUUUCGCGACUCAAUAGCAUGAAAUUGUGGAAUACAGUGUCGGCGUUCGUGCCCGCGUUCGGUCUGCUCGGCAUCGCGUGGGCGGGCUGCGACCGGGUCUCCGUCAUGUUGCUGCUCAGCCUCACCUCGGCCUUCGGCGGCGCCGCCUAUGCCGGCAACCAGAUGAACCACAUCGACCUGUCGCCGCAGUUCGCGGGCACGAUGUACGGCAUCACCAACGCCGCGAGCAACAUCUGCGGCUUCCUCGCGCCCUACGUCGUCGGACACAUCAUCAACGCUGACCAGCAAACUCUGGGUCAAUGGCGUGAAGUUUUCUAUCUGGCGGCGGCCAUCGACCUCGGCACGAAUCUGUUCUACUUAUUCUUCGCUAGUACUGAGGAACAGGACUGGUCCCGGCCGGACAACGACGACAUGACCGCGUCGGCGCCGGUGGAGAGCAUCCUGUUCCCCGAGUCCUAGGAGUCGCUGUGCCGCGACACUCGCACCGCAGACACGUGCCUCUAGCUCUACACUCGAUACAACGCCUAAUGGAUAGUUGGCGUAAAGUUCUCUUUUACUUGCUAGGAGCGCGAUGGAUUUAAAUCCAUUAGGGGACUAAUUUUCAGAAAUUCUUUCAUAAAAUAAAAUUCUGCACACGCUUUCCAAUGUGGGUGAUCUCCAUCGUGUACAAAAUUUUAUUUGUCUCAAGCCACCAAUGUUGGCUGUGUGUUUAUCAGCCAGUGUUAUAUAAUAGGGGACCGGACAAAUUUUCAGAAGGUGUUUUAAAUUGAUCAUUGUGGAUAUAAAUAGCCAAGAAAAAUAGUAUUUUGCACAAAUAAAGCUUAAA